GUGCGUGUCCUUGGUGCUUCGACAAGUGAUCGGUGUGAUCAGUGAUUAGUGGCGACGAUAAAUCAUGUGAAGAUACCCUUGCGACUACGACUUGUUUGAUCUUUCGCUCAGCAAAAGUACAACAUAAUAAAAGUGUCUGUGCGGGCGGCAGUCCAGGAAAAAUCCGGCGGAAAAGUGUGGCAAUACUCGUAAAAAUAACUCAGGUCGUUUCCAUUCUAAAUUGCGCGUUGACAGCCGCAAGUGGCGCAAACAAGCCGCCAAAAGAACAAGGAGCUGUCAGUCCCGUCCCGCCAAGUGGAUCACUUGGAUCACAUCCACAUCCGCAGUGGGGGCACCCACGAGCUCUUCAGCACGAGCAGCGUCCUUGACCACGAGCGGACGGCAAGAUUUUGGAGUGAGCACCCCGUACCCCCCAGUCCAUCACUCCCUUCCCCCGGCCCAAGAUCACAGAAGACACCAGCAACAACAACAAUUACAACAGCGAACACGAUGAAUUGGACGCGCGUGCUGCUAAUCGGGUUGACCGCCUUGGCGCUGACAUUUGUGGAGGUUGCAUCACUCUCACUCGAUCCAGUUGCUUCUGCUGAACUGGAGCAGUUUAUACGAAAAGGAGAUGUUGUGAUAUCAACGCGACACAUACGACCUCGCCGAAAGUUGCACAUAUCCAUAGAGGCACUCUUCAUGAUCGACUUCCCCAUGCUGAAGCACAAGAUGUCCUUCUUCCUGGACCGCAAACAGCAGCGGGUUACCCUGGACAUCAGUGCGAACGGAGCCACCGAGUCGCGUAACUUCGAGAUACCCAACAUCAACGAGACGAGCACCAUUCGAUCCCUGGCGCUGCAGUUCUCCAAGAACCGCAUAACGCUCUAUGUGGACUGCAAGGCGAGCACGCAUCACGACAUCGACAUGAACCUGGCCAAGCUGUACACCCAGAUGGACGAUCCGGUGAUCAAGCUGUUCCGUGAGCGCAAGUAUCCCCUUCACUUCGAUGGGGACAUGGAGCACUCCCUGCAGCGGGCCAGUUGCCAGAAGGGCAGCCAUCGUCGUGGCAAUCGUCGCAUGCUGCGCAACAAGAUCACCGAGCGUGAGAAGAACAAGAAGCGCGAUGUGCGCGGCUGGUAUGAGCCAACGAUCGCCCGGGAAGGAGUCGUGGAUCACAGACACCAGGAGGUGCCAACGGAUGUGGAACGUGGCGACAUUCCCGUUCUGAAUGGCGAUUGCGAAGACGCCCUCGCACGCUCGCUCAGCGAUUUACUGGCUCUGGUGAAGCUGCUCCGCGAAGACGUCGCCCACCAGCGCCAGGAGAUUGCCUACCUGCGUAUGCUCCUGGAGAACUGUGCCGGCUGCAAGAAUCCCCUCACCACCGACAACCAACUGCGCAUCGAGCCCGACUGCCGUUCCGCGAAUCCCUGUUAUCCUGGAGUGGAGUGCCUGGACUCGGCGGCCGGGCCCAGAUGUGGCCACUGUCCCCUUGGCUUCAUUGGCGAUGGCAAGAGCUGCAAGCCGGGCGUCACCUGCGCCCACCACAUCUGCUAUCCAGGCGUUCAGUGUCACGAUACCGUGAAUGGAGCCCAGUGUGACUCCUGUCCAGCCGGCUACGAAGGUGAUGGACGCACAUGUUCGCUGCGUAAUCCUUGCCUGGACACGCCGUGCCCCUCAGGCAACAUUCUAGUGCCCUCGCAUAAUGUGCAACACUAUCAGAGGCAGAGCCAGUACACCGCCCGAAAAUACUCGGUCGUAACGAACUAAUCCGCGGAGGAAGGGACUAUCGCAACGUUUCGGCUGAGCUAUGAGCUAUGAUACACAACUAAAUUACAAGUACAGAGCGUAGAAAGUGCACAUAUUGAAUUACUUACUACUUUAUAAAAUAGUCAUAAGUUGUAAGCUCUACGAUUGGCGAACAGCGGAAUUCAUAGUAUUAGCAAUUCAUUUGAAAGCAAACGCAGCUCCAACGAAAAAUGAUGAGAUAAUAUCCUUGAAAAGUUAUUUGUAGCAUAGAAAACUUAAUAUGUACGUCCCAAUCAAAUGCCCAGAAAGUGGAGUCUAUAAACGUGUAACAAAAUUUGCUUGCCCCGCCUGAAAUCUCCCAAUUUAUUGUAAUAAACUAUGAAUAAUAUUAAUACAAAAUGUACGCUGUAAUUUUUGGUAUUUAAUAAAUAAACUCCAUCAUUGGCCACAAA